CUACCGCCACCUAGGUAAAAAAAAAGUAUCACCCAUUAUUUCUCCACUUUGCCACCUGUCAGUUUGACAAUAAAAGUAAACAAUAAUAUUAAUAAAAUUUGUACACGUAAAAACAUGAAAUAAAAAAUUUAAUUUAAAAAACAAAUCAGCUGGACACCUUCAGGUUUAAUAUUAAUUAUUUUUGUAAAAAUGUUUCCUGCUCCAUUGACUGGUCAAAAUAUUCCAUGGGAUUUGUUAAUUAAUUAUUGUGAAAAAAUAUCAAUGGAAAUUAAAGUCAGGUUGAUUAGUUUUAUACAAGAUAUCAAGUCGUCUCUGGAGUUAAAUAAAAUACCAGAGAAGAUUGAUUGCAAGCUAAUAGAAAUAGAGGCAUGCUUGGAUCGAACAUGGGAAAAUUUAAAUACUGGAUAUUGGAAAGACGUGUCUAUUGGUCACAGAUAUUGCUACACAAUUUGUAGCUUACUCAAGUGCAUUCUUUUAGAAAUUGAUUCUAGAGAGGAAAAAAAUAAUACUAAGGAAAUAGCAAAGCAAAUUGACAAGGGACUUUUGCUGGGUGCUCCAAUUGUUGAAGCGCCUGAAUUAUUGACUAAUAUUGCUUCUAAAAUAAACAAUUACUUAGCAGAAACUACUUCAUAUAAAGAAUCAUUAGAAUUUGAGAUUGAUGAUAAAAAUAUAUCAAGUAAUUUAUUAGAAGGAUGUGAGUGGAUAAAAAAGUACAAAUCACCUUCAAUGGAGACUUUUUAUCGUGAUAUAUUUAAAUGUAAAGUACCUGCUGUUUUAGAAGAGUGUAUUAGCCACUGGAAAGCAUUGACUGCAUGGAAAGAUCCUAAUUAUUUAAUUAAAAUCGGUGGAAUGAGGACUGUACCCAUAGAAAUAGGCUCAAGUUAUACUGAAGACGAUUGGUCUCAACAGCUUGUUACUCUUUCGGAAUUUAUCAAGUCGCAUGUGGCGAAAAAAAAUGACACUAUUGGAUACUUGGCUCAGCAUCAGUUAUUCGAACAGAUCCCCGAGCUAAAAAAUGAUUUUUCAAUACCAGACUACUGUAAUUUUGUUGAUGAAGACAAAGAAAACACUGAAGUAGACAUCAACGCCUGGUUUGGACCAAAAGGAACCGUAUCGCCUUUACACUACGACCCCAGGGAUAAUUUAUUAUGUCAAGUCUUUGGACACAAACAAAUAAUUCUCUAUCAUCCAGAAGACAGUAAAUAUUUGUAUACAUAUGACACGAGAUUAUUGAGCAAUACAGCGCAAGUAAAUCCUUUAAACCCUGACUACAAUAAAUUUCCAGAAUUUAAAAAUGCUAAAGGAUUUAUGUGCUACCUAAAACCCGGUCAGGCUUUGUAUAUUCCACCAAAAUGGUGGCACCACGUCGUCAGUCUUUCACCUAGUUUUUCUAUAAGUUUUUGGUGGAAUUAACAGAGUUUUAAUAAACGUUAUUAUAAUAAAAAUAU